UCCUCUCAUUCGGUGACUUUGAGUAUCGUCUCGGUGUGCUCGCGCCACUGCCACCUACCCUGUGACGUGCGGUCCGCGGAGCAGGAGGCCAUGGGAAGCCUCCGCGGCUUGCGCCUGGCGGCGGGGACUUGCUUUAGGUUGUAUGGAAGUGAUGUUUCCUCGUCCCUAAGUCUCACCAGAACCACUGCUUUGAAGAGAAUGAAUGGAUUUUGCACCAAACCACAGGAAAGUCCCAAAGCUCCAUCCCACGCCUACAGCCAUGGGGUGCCGUUACACAAGCCUACAGACUGGGAGAGGAAGAUCCUGGUCUGGUCGGGCCGCUUCAAGAAGGAAGAGGAGAUUCCCGAGACGAUCUCGUUUGAGAUGCUGGAUGCCGCAAAGAACAGGAUCCGGGUGAAGAUCAGCUAUCUGAUGAUCGUGUUGACCGUGGCCGGAUGCAUUUUCAUGGUGAUAGAGGGGAAGAAGGCUGCCAGAAGACACGAGUCUUUAACAAGCAUAAACUUAGAAAAGAAGGCUCGUCUGAGAGAGGAGGCACUGAGAGAAGCAGAAGCAUUGAAGGCCAAAGCCGAGUAGCCAUGGCGUCCUUAGUGGCUGGAGCUUUAAAAUCCAGGAGUGCAGGUGCAGCAACAGCUGGCAUUGACAAGAAUAUAGCACGAGGAUGCAUUUCUCAAAAGGGUGGUUUGCACAAAUGUACGUACCCCUUUCUGCUCUAGAGUUACAAAUAAAUUCUCUUUACAAAUAA